GGCAGCUGGGCGGCAACAUGAAGCGCCCGGGCGGCGUGCGGGGCCCGAGGUCCCCGCCGCAAUUAACUGCCCCCCAAACGGAGCUGCAGGCCACGCCGGGGGGACCCGAGGGCGGAGCACUGACCCCCAGGGACACUGCCCUGCUCCAGGAGCCAAGGCACAAGCAGGAGGCCACCACAGGGCCAGACCCGGAACCCCCAGCCAGACCCUGGGUGAGUGACAUCUGCUGGCCUUUCUCUGAAAUCCAAUCCCCCUGUCUGGGGAACUUGAUAAGGACUUGGAGAGAGGAUGCACGCUUGGCCAUAUGCAAGGACCCAGGUUCAAGCCCCCAGCUCCCAGAGCACUGUGCAUGGCAAGAAAGACAUCUUCAGGAAGAGAAACCCAUCAGCUCCUGCCUCUGCCCUUCUGGUGAGGAGAGGGGCUUCUCCCCUGUGUCCUCUUCUCCUCCAGUGUCCCCCUUCCUCUUUCUGGCAACAAGUCCGCCCGUCCCUGGCCUGCUCACUCAGAGUGACUGCCCCUUUCCCAACCCUCCAGGUUGUGCCUGGUCUGUGGCAUCCAUCCCUGGAGAAACAGCUGCCCAAGCUGCCACUGCUGCUGUCAAGGAGCUCAUAACCCGCUGGCACAAAGUCCCGGGAACUCGGAAGGGGGUGGGGGGUUUGUGCUUGGAUGGAGCACUAGACAGCUCUUGACUCUGGCUGCCCCUGGGGGAAGAUGGGGCUUCUUCUCCACUGAGGGGCAUUUUGAUCUGUGGUCUAAAGGGAAAAGAGGUAUUUGGCAGGCAGAGCGAAGGGAAGCCUCACUUGAUUAUAUGAUUU